AUGCCAUUGAUGAUGGACGACGGUAUCAAUGUAGACGACCUUUUUGGCGAGCCCAAUUCUCUGGAGCUGGGUCUGCCUCCUUCCUCGCCGACCAAGGGGCUUGCACCAUGUUUGGAUGAGAUGCGGUUAUCGGGAUGCUGCCAAAAAGUUGCGUGGUCCCGGCUGGGAUGUAUUGCAUAUAUCUCACUUGAUGGCUUGCGGGUCAAUGUUCGUCAUUUGCAAUGCCGGCCCUCGGAUGGCAAAUGGGUGCUCAGCGAGGAGUCGUUGCUGAGUCCAGUCACCGAAGCUCAUGGGGGCAAUCCUCUUGUUCAUCUCUUGUGGAACGAGACUGGGUCAGAACUUGCUGUUGUGGACUGCUCUGGACGUAUCUCCAUCUAUUCCAUCUCAAUUGCCUUGAAUAGCAUCACUGGGCUACGGCAGGCUUCGUUUGAUUCCGGCGAUGAUAACAACCAGGUGAUCGGGAUGACAUGGUUAAACACCCAACGCUCUGUGCAUGCUUUCCACCAGGCAGCCAAGAUGAAUGGCCGAUGGGCUUACUCGCCCUUUCGCUGCCGGCCUAUUGGCCCUUUCCACCCAGCCAACAAAGGCGCCUUGAUCUGCGUGACUAGAGCGGGCCAGAUCAAGCUUAUAUAUCAGAACCCGGACAGCAAAUGGGCCGAGCUACCUGCAGAGCUCAAAACAACGGGAUAUUCUGACAGACUUCUCACCCAUGCAUCUCUGGUUGCAACUCAAGCUGGUGUUUUGCUUGCCACCUACUCUGCAUGCCAUAAGAUCUGCCUCUAUCGAGUGCAUAUCGCCUGGAAUCCACCACAAUGGGAUCCCAGCCAGGCCAAGCAUCCAAAUCAAUUUCCCAUCCCCAGCUUCCGUCUGAUCCACUGCAAAGUUGAUAUGCCCAGCAACAUCUUGAGCACGAGUCGCAGGCCGGAGGAGCGUUCUGAGACGUUGCCAUUUCAAAACUCGGUUUACUCGUUGACUCGGCUAGAAAUCAUGCCCGGGCAAAUUGACAGCCCAGCGGGAUCCACGGCGAACCCCUGGGUUCUUGCCGUCUUCUCAAAGCCUCUCCACACCAUCCCUGACUAUCCAGACCAGCCAGGUCCACCAAGUGUGAUCGUUCGGUGGCAUUUGGAGUCUGCGCCUCAAACCCUUCAUCCCAAAUUUGAUGAGGUGGCUUCGAAGAAAAACAAUGCUCAAGCAAAGGCCAAAAUGGAGCUACGUCGGCUGGAAGAUAUUCACCUCGAUAAAUAUGUUGUUUCGGUGGACCUGGUGGAACAUGGCACUGUUCUGGCUGUCACCAAUGACGACAGUUCGAUCACUUUUUAUGACACGAAAACGAUGGCUGUCUUUAAUGGAUUGGAAGAUACCAACACCGUGACCUCCUUGGCCCAAGCAGGGUUUCAGUUUCCGAUAGAGGCCUCAGGUCUUCAAAUCAGCUUUUCUCCAAACUCUAGUGCUGCUGUUGUGUUGGACGGCGAAGGGCAGGUCGAAUUGAGAGUAAUGGAGCACUCAUUUGGAUCCGCGGGAGAUCUUUACGACGAGAGUAAAUUCUCCGCUGCCAUUGCUGCGUUGACUCUUGCGUUCAGCCGUGGAUGUGGAGGCGAUGUCAACACUGAUGACAUUUUGAUGGUGGCUCUGCGGCAGCUUUCGCCAGAAGCCUUGACCACGUUUAUUGGCGAAGUGUAUCGCGCGUUGCCGGUCAAUUGCAACUUCACUGCUGAACAAGAUAAACUCAUGAGCCACCCGUAUAUCCCCCGCUGUCUGAGUUUGCAGGCUGCUCUUGGCUUCAAGGGAAGGUUGAAGCGCCGUAGCCUGGCGUCUGCCGUGCCGUGGGCAAGCCUUCAACUUCGCCAUGCAUCGGUUCUCUUUGCCUUUUUCUUCCAGUACAAUAAGGGAGGACAGAACGAGGCACAUGAUGCAGAUGUUCUGCGUAUAGUGCUGGGGAACACAAAAUGGACAUCGGAUUUCUCUCAUUUUCUCCUCAGCGAGAUCUUUGAUCUGGCUGACGACUUUGAGAGCGUCGCCAAUGACCAAGAAGCAUUCACCCAGAAAUUGAAAACAACCAGCUCCCUUCCCCUCAUCAUCCUCCUCUCCAGCAUGUCCCGCGCUUUCCUCCGCUUCAUUUGCCGCGGUCUGCGCGGCGUGCACGCCGGCUACGCCACAGCCAACCCGGCCUCUCUCACUGGCGACUCGCGCAUUUACUACACAGAAAUCUGCCAGACACUAGAAGCGGCACCUGUGCGGAUCGAUGUGUAUGAGAAGUUCCUAGCAGGCGUCGACUCUGCCGUCAAGCACGCCUACCAAGGUGCAGGCUUCGGCGAUGCCGAGCGCCCGGGACCAGAAAAGGAACUGCUCGUCAACGCACGCAUCCCACCAGUGCUCGUCCCAGCCGUGGCGACUCUCCUGCGGCAGACAGUGCCAGCUCUCAAAUCCGAGAUCAAUCGCAUAGCCAUCUUCCUGGGCGACUACAGCUGGCUCGGGCUCGGAAGUGACAAGUGCAGUACGGCUUAUCGCAAGCGCCGGGAUGUCGAUAUCCUCAAGAAAUACCCCCUUCGGCCUCCUUUGCCCGUGGGAAGUGAGGGUCGUGUGUUGCAGCCGCAGAAGAAGCGCCGUUGCGUGCGCUGCUGCGAGGUUUCGGGUGACACGACUCUGCCGCGCUCGUUACUGUCCUUCAAGAUGAUUGCCAAGCUGGGUCUGCUGCGCUCUUGUCUCUGUGGUGGGAUGUGGACCCUCGAGACUGAUACCGGCGCUUCAGCUGGAACAGGUCAGGCUGUGGGCCAGCAGUCACAGACACAUCCUACGUCGCGCGCCCUUGCUGUGGGAAUGGGACCAGGGUAA